AUGUUUUACGUCUCCGACCACUUUGAACGGCAAAGAGGUGAAAAUGAAAUAUCUGAGAAGGAGAUAGAACUUAGAAAUCCACUUUGUUCAGUAUGUAAAAACAAACGACCAGUUGAAGUUGGAUUAUGGAAGAAAGACUUCAGUUACAAAGAACUGUGCAAAGCUACUCAGGGAUUCUCCCAAAAGAACUUUAUAUCAGAGGGUGGAUUUGGAGCUGUGUACAAAGCAGACCUAAGUGGAAUGAGAAUUGCUGUUAAGAAACUCAAUAAUGAAAGUGCCCAAGGAGAGAAAGAAUUCAAAUCUGAAGUCAAUUUACUCUGCAAAGCAACACAUGACAAUGUGGUUCUCCUACUAGGCUCCUGCUCUGAAGGAAAGCAUAGGCUUCUUGUUUAUGAAUAUGUUUGUGAUGGCUCACUUGACCAACAUAUAUCACGACACUCUCGAUCUCCGCUUAAUUGGGAAGAAAGGAUCAAAGUUGCUAUUGGAGUUGCGAAGGGAUUACUAUAUUUGCAUAAGAAUAACAUUAUACACAGAGAUGUGAGAGCAAACAAUAUCCUUAUCACACAUGAUCGUCAAGCUCUGUUGGGAGACUUUGGAUUGGCAAGAAAUCAACAUGAAGACUCAAUACAUUCGACAGAGGUUAUUGCAAGUUUCGGGUAUUUGGCACCUGAAUAUGCAGAAUAUGGGAAAGUUUCAGCUAAGAUUGAUGUAUAUUCUUUUGGGGUGGUUCUGCUAGAGCUCAUAACUGGAAUGAGAGUUACAGACAAAAGACUUAGAGGGAAAAGUCUUGUCGGAUGGGAUUAUGCUAGCUAG